UAAUUAUGGCCGAAGCUAUUACCUCCAAUUCGGCCUAUCCACUGUCGGUUUUUUCCGGGCAGCCCCAAACCCACAGAUAUUUCCCUUGACGAAGACCCUGCCCGAACUGCCCCUAACCCUCUGUGAGAAACCACGGUUAGCUCUAGCUCUCUCUCUCCCUCUCUCUCUCUCUCUCUCUCUCUCUCUCAUCAGUAACACCCUGCACACACCUCUCUCUCUCUCUCUCUUCCCUCUGAUUAUAUCUAUCCCCUGUCUCUCUCUGUUCUGUCUCUACUCCAUCCAACGGUCCACGAUGAACGCCGCUCUGAGUUUCUGUCUCCUGAGGUUUUAGCCCCUCAAAACCCUAGAUCCGCUUCAUCCCAUCUCAGAAGACUCAUCAGAUCUCGAUCUUCGGAGGCUUUGUCGUGAGCCGUACGGAUGGAAACCGAUUCAGUUAGCUCUGCUAGUACUUUACUCAACCAGACUUUGCUAACGUGCGCCGGUGGAGCUUUAACCGCUAUGCUGGUCUCGACUCUGGUCAAUAAUACUGCUCAGGUUUUUGAACACGUGUCACUAGCGUAUUUUGAUAUCUUCCGGUCACAAAGCAACAUCCCUGGAGUCAAAGGAGAGGAUCAAACUCGAUACCAUUCCAAGCCAUCAGAUGCUGAAGGGAAUGAUGCCAAUGAAGAUGACGAUGACGAUGAUGGUGGCUAUGAAGAAGGCGAGGAGGAUUUGUCAUCAGAAGACGUUGGGGAUGUAGGAAACAAUGGCAACAGCAACAAAAGCGACCCAAAGAAAGGACCGGGUGAAGGUGCCGGUGGAGCAGGAGAGAAUGGUGAAGAGGAAGAAAAGAAUGAUGAUGGGCAAGACGGCGAUGAUCAAGAAGAAGACGACAAGGACGAUGAAGACGAUGAUGAUGAUGAUGAUGACGACGAUGACGACGACGAUGAUGGAGGGGAAGGCGGCGAGAAAGAAGUUGUGGAGGAAGAGGAAGAAGAAGGGGUGGACGAGGAGGAGGAGGAGGAGGAGGAAGAACUCCAACCUCCGAAGAAGAGAAAGAAGUGAAUUGAAGGAUUAAUGGAGUUCUCUCUGUGGUACUGGUCUCUAUUUGACUCUUUUUUCUAACUAGUAUGUUUACUCAGCCUCUGAGGAAGGCUUGUUUAGGAUAACUCUGUUCUAGUAAUCGUAUCAUUUCCUUUGCAUGAGUAGAGCAGUACGUAGUGUACUUUGGAACUCCGAGCUUGCGGCAUGUUUCGGGAGAAUAUGUGUUGUCAUAAAACUUGAAUCUCCGUUAAUUCGAAUCGUUUUUUAGAGUUCA